GCCAUUUCAAGGUUUUUAGCGGCAAUACUAUAUCUGAGUUACUUAGAAGAUUGUGACGGUUUGUGCUAAGUUAACUUCGCAAAGUGAACGCUAUUGAAAAACAUUAACGCCUUAAUUGCUAACAAGAAAUUGUCUGUUGUCGCACAUUCACCGAGGUUUUAUGAACGUUUUCCGCCGAAUUGACUGCACGAUUUUGAGAUAAGCGUCAACAUGCAAUCUAUCUCGGUGACAAUACCCAUUAAGAAAUUUAUGAAUGCAACUAAGGUAUAGGAACCACGACAAGUCAGUGUAAAGUUUACGGGUACGAACACCCCUUUUUUGUGUUACUUUAAGUAGGAUUAAUCUAAGGGCUUGCUUUAGUUGGAUAAUGUAAGCCCUAGCAUAUUUCAAGCAUGUUUCGAGUUACUAUACAGUAGUCUAUUUGCCUUUGUCAUCUGAAGUGUAAAUUAAUUCUUAAAUAAAUAAGAGGUUUUAAAAAUUUACUUCUCAAUCAUUUUUGUUGAAUCGAGUUUUCUAAUAGUUUGAUAAUUAUUUUACUCCCGGGAGUAGAGUAGCUCUUCUAGAUAUUCUUACAUCACCUGUAAGCUUACCAGAUGACUGUACAGUCUGUGAGAGAAUCGUUAGACAAAUCAUUUCCUAAGAAAUCAUCUCAUAAACGUAUUAUUUACUGAAUCAAAUCCUCCAAACGAUUAAAUAAAAAUAAAAGUGCCACUACUUAAAACAGUCUAGAUGAUAGACCACAAAAUCAUAACGGUCAAACAGUAAUGAAAACAUAGUUUAUACAUGAAGGCCUUAAUAUUUACUGGCAUGUAACUUAUAUCGAGUACAGUUGAUUCCAUGUUGAAAUUUCUAUUCUUUGAGUACGAUUUAUUUGUAGAAUACUUCAGUGUUCUUAAGACACCCGACUCUGUACAGUUACAUGUCUCUAUGACACCAUUAUACUGCGUGUUAAUUUCUACAGUCUGGUAUUUUAAGUGAAAUUAAAUAUUCUCCUAAACAAUAGUAGUUGGUCUGGGUGAACAAGAAUACUCAUCAUGUUCAAUCGUUUAGUUAGUUUUCAGUUUCCAAAUUUUCCAUAAACUUACGUUUAAAUAUAUUUUGUAUUCAUUGGUUUGACAUCGCAAAAGUUAGACUUCACAAUUUGAGUAUAUGGAAGCGAAAAGCAAUUCAAGUGUUUCCGGUGCUUCCUUAUCAAAAGAUGUAAAGAGUUGGAAAUAUCGUAACAACCAUUCCAAGUUUAUCACUUCAACUCCAAUUAAUGAUCAAAAUAAUCAGAAUAUUUCAUCCGUAAAACAGGAAUCGAGGAUCUCGUUUUCAAUAAAUGAACGCCUAACAAAUUUAUUAAAUAAAAUUCUUCCUUUGAAAAAGAAAUGGAACACAAAUUUUCACCAGUCAUGUAUUGUUUUCACAAAUCUGGCUACACAUAUUUGUAAAAUCCUAUCAGGUUCAUCAUCCUUUGAGAAUCAUGAUGAUUUUGUCACUUAUGGAUUGUGUAAUCUAUAUUUAAAUGAUAAUUUAGAACAAAUGACAAAACUUCGUGAUGGUCAAAUUUUGGAAACCUAUUAUGAUAAACUAAAUGAAUGUAUAAAAAAUAUGGAAGAUUGUGGUGUACAGCUAAAGUCUAUGCUAGAUCAAUUGAAUGCUUUGAGAAAACUAAGUCAAAAUGAAUCAAUUUACCAGCAGUAUGCCACAUGCCAAUCGACAUUGAACUCAUCUGUAAAGAUAAAAAGUGAUUCUACACUAGAAGAUGAUAACAGUUUGUUUACUUUAAAUUCAACUCGAUCAUAUCCAUCAACAUCAUUAAAACAACGAACACAACAACGAAAGUUAUGUGGAACUUACUUAUACGAAGUAUUGCCCUUUGAAAUAAAUGGACUAAUCAAUCAAAUUGAACGUGAUUCAAGCAUUCGAAAAUAUUUAGUAAAAAUUAUAUUACCUAGCACUUCGCAUUAUUUCCAAGUGAAUACUAUUGUUCAAGGUAAUGAUAAUGUUGUCCUAUUAAAAUUUGCGUCGAUUUGGCGUCAUUUUGGACAAUAUGUUUCCUGGUUUAUUGUUAUAUCGAUGUCUGAACAUAUUUUGAAAACUAUCUCAAUAACAGACUGAAUAAAUUUAUAUGGAUCAUGUAUAUAUUUAUACACCUUUUUUGUACAAGAAAUGAGUAUAUUAUUCUUUCUGCGUUGG